GGAGUUUCCGGGAGACCGCGCGCGGCCUGGAUCUCGGUCGCAGAGCCCACCCAGCUCCGCACCCCCGCCGCUCAGCUGAUCUCUGUGUCCUGGGCGAGCACCAGCCUGAGCGGCCGGCCAAGCAGGUGCCGUCGGCGGGGCCGGAGGUCCUGAGGAUGCUUACUAUGUUCCAGAAGCCCAAGACGUUCAAGCUGCGGGCUCUGCACGGGACGAAGAAGUUUGGGGUGGCGGGGAGGACCUACCAGGAGGUGCUGCGGAAGGGGUGCUGCCACUUCCAGCUCCCCAUUGCCGGCUCCCGCCUGUGCCUCUACGAAGAUGGCACUGAGCUGACUGCAGACUACUUCUUGAGUGUCCCUGACAACUCGGAGCUCAUGCUUCUCACCUUGGGCCAGACCUGGCAAGGCUAUGUGAGUGACAUUGGUCGCUUCCUCCACGCAUUCCACAAGCCACAGGCGGGGCUCAUCCAGGCUGCCCGGCAGCUGCUCUCCGGCGAGCAGGCCCCACUGCGGCAGAAGCUGCUGGCCGACCUCCUGCACACGGUCAGCGAGAACACCGAGGCCGAGACCAGGGCCGAGGACCCGCCGUGGUUCGAAGGUCUGGAGUCUCGAUUCAAGAGUAAGUCCAGCUACCUGAGGUACAGCUGCGAGAGCCGGAUCCGGAGCUACCUGAGAGAGGUGAGCUCUUACGUCUGCACAGUGGGCACGGAGGCUCAGGAGGAGUUCGUGCGGAUAGUUGGCAUCAUGUGCCGGAAGCUCAAGGCGGAGCAGUACCACAGCAGCUACUUCGACCGCGGAGCCGAGGCGGGCAGCCGGCUGUGCACACCCGAAGGCUGGUUCUCCUGCCAGGGCCCCUUCGACGCGGACGGCUGUGCAUCCAGGCACUCCAUCAACCCCUACGGUAACAGGGAGAGCCGCGUCCUCUUCAGCACGUGGAACCUGGACCACAUAAUAGAAAAGAAGCGCACAGUCAUCCCCACGCUGGAGGAAGCCGUGGCGGAGCGGGCCGGCAGGGAGGUGUCCUGGGAGUACUUCUACAGCCUGCUCUUCACCGCACACAACCUCAAGCUGGUCCACAUCGCCUGCCAUAAGAAAACCACCCACGGGCUCAGCUGUGACCCGCACAGGAUCUACAGACCCCAGACGAAGCCGAGGCGGCGGCGGCCUGCGCGCAAGGGCCGGUGACACACGUGGUGCCUCCCCC